CAAUAAAGAAGAAAAAAUGAGGACCGGAAGCUUUCUUCAUCUGGAUUUUCACCAUUUUGGCUAAAUUUCUUGAAAUUGACGCACUUGUUAGUGCUCUUUUGCAAAUUUUCCGUAGAAUAAUUUAAUUCUGUAUAAUGUAUUAGACAUAUUUUAUAACAGACAUUUCAUAAUGGGUAGAAAGGACAGAGGAGAGCGGGAAAAGAAGUCCAAAAAACGUUACUAUGAAGAGGAAGAGGAGGAUGAAGAGGUAGCCGGUAACGAGUCCCAGGAAGCCGUACCCGCUGCUGCAGGAAAACAGGUGGAUGAGUCCGGUACAAAGCUGGAUGAGUAUGGGGCCAAAGACUACCGUGUUCAGAUGCUGCUGAAGAAUGACCACUCUUCACGGCCGCUCUGGGUGGCUCCAGAUGGGCACAUCUUUUUGGAAGCCUUCUCACCAGUGUAUAAAUAUGCCCAGGAUUUCCUGGUGGCCAUUGCAGAGCCUGUGUGCAGACCUAACCACAUCCAUGAGUACAAGCUGACUGCAUAUUCUCUAUAUGCAGCUGUCAGUGUGGGACUGCAAACCUCUGAUAUUGUGGAGUAUCUGCAGAAGCUCAGCAAAACAUCUGUACCAGAUGGAAUUGUACAGUUUAUAAAGCUCUGUACUGUGAGCUAUGGCAAAGUCAAGCUGGUGCUCAAGCACAACAGGUAUUUUGUGGAAAGUGCCUUCCCUGAUGUGAUCCAGCGCCUCCUGCAGGACAGCGUUAUCCGUGACUGUCGUCUUCGCACUGCCGGCGGAGCAGACUCUGAGCUCAUUACUGAGGUCAUCCACAGCAAGCCAGCGAUCACGAAAUCGGUUGAAGAAAGAGGAAGUGCUUCCACUUCACAGCAGCCUGAUGAUGGGCAAACGUCCACCCAACAGGUUCCUGAGGACAUCUUCAAAUACUAUGAGCAAAUGGAUAAAGAUGAAGAAGAGGAGGAAGAGACUCAGACAGUCUCCUUUGAAAUUCGCCAAGAGAUGAUUGAAGAGCUACAAAAACGUUGCAUUCAGCUGGAGUACCCUCUCUUAGCCGAGUACGACUUUCGCAAUGACACGGUUAACCCGGACAUUGCCAUAGACCUGAAGCCCACUGCUGUGUUGCGGCCCUACCAGGAGAAGAGUCUGCGCAAAAUGUUCGGGAAUGGACGUGCACGAUCUGGAGUCAUCGUGCUGCCCUGCGGUGCGGGGAAAUCUCUGGUGGGCGUCACGGCAGCGUGCACGGUGCGAAAACGCUGCCUGGUGUUGGGAAACUCUUCCGUGUCCGUGGAGCAGUGGAAAGCUCAGUUCAAGAUGUGGUCCACCAUCGACGAGUCGUUAAUCUGCCGCUUCACUUCCGACGCCAAGGACAAGCCUAUCGGCUGCUCAGUGGCUAUCAGCACCUACUCCAUGCUGGGUCACACCACCAAGCGAUCCUGGGAAGCUGAAAGGGUCAUGGAGUGGAUGCGGAGCCAGGAGUGGGGACUCAUUAUUCUGGAUGAGGUGCACACCAUUCCUGCAAGAAUGUUUCGUCGGGUUCUCACCAUCGUCCAAGCUCAUUGCAAACUGGGCCUCACUGCCACACUGGUCAGAGAAGAUGACAAGAUUGUGGAUCUGAACUUCUUGAUAGGCCCGAAGCUCUAUGAGGCGAACUGGAUGGAACUACAGAACAACGGAUACAUAGCCAAAGUCCAGUGUGCAGAGGUGUGGUGCCCGAUGUCUCCUGAGUUUUACCGAGAAUAUGUGGCCAUUAAGACGAAGAAGCGGAUUCUGCUUUACACGAUGAACCCCAACAAAUUCCGUGCUUGCCAGUUUCUCAUUCGCUUCCACGAGCGGCGCAACGACAAAAUUAUCGUGUUUGCUGACAACGUGUUUGCCCUGAAGGAAUACGCCGUACGUCUCAACAAGCCCUACAUCUAUGGUCCUACCUCUCAGGGGGAGCGAAUGCAGAUUUUACAAAAUUUCAAGCACAACCCCAAGAUCAACACCAUUUUUAUUUCCAAGGUCGGAGACACAUCCUUCGACUUGCCAGAAGCCAAUGUUCUGAUCCAGAUCUCAUCUCACGGUGGAUCCAGAAGACAAGAGGCUCAGAGACUUGGCAGAGUUUUAAGAGCCAAGAAAGGAAUGGUAGCAGAGGAGUACAACGCGUACUUCUAUUCACUGGUAUCACAGGACACUCAGGAAAUGGCCUAUUCCACCAAAAGACAGAGGUUUCUCGUUGAUCAGGGAUACAGCUUUAAGGUGAUAACAAAGUUGGCAGGUAUGGACGAAGAGGACUUGAUGUUCUCCACCCGAGAGGAACAGCAGCAGCUGCUUCAGAAGGUCCUAGCUGCUUCAGACCUGGACGCGGAGGAUGAAAUAGUGGCAACUGAACUGGGCGUUCGACCACAGGUUUCAAGGCGAGCGGGCACCAUGAGCUCCAUGUCAGGUGCAGAUGACACCGUCUACAUGGAGUAUCAGAGCAAAAGCAACAAGGCUUCUUUUGGCGCUAAGAGUGUUCAUCCUCUGUUCAAGCGCUUUAGAAAGUAGCUCUGCGUUUAGUAUGGAUUUAGUGUUAUUGUUCCAGCCUACUGGUUUUUCAAAAUAAAAGGAUCAAUAAGAAAAACUUGACUGGAAUUUUUGUUCUACAUAUUUUUUUAUUCCAGAAAUAAUUAACAGUGGUGUUUCAUUUAUACCUUUUUUUGUUCAUGAAAUGUACAUUAAACUGCUUUAAUUGGGAAAACCUGUAAAGCUGAAACAAUGGAAUCCUAGACCUCAUCUUGUAUUUAUCUGUUGUUGUUCCUAGACUAACCUUGAAAGUUGACUGAUUAUGUCCUUUUAAUAUUUCUUAAUGGUAUAUUUGAUGUUGUUUCUUAUCCAGAGGUAAAUAAAACAUAUGAUCUAUUAUAA